UGACGCAACAUGAGCAAACAAGGAAAUGAAACAACAGCUUUUGUUUUCGAUUUCUGUGCCCAACCUGCAGGUGUGUGUGAAGCAGAGAUUUAACUGCUAGUUUAACAGAUACAGAUAUACAGGUAUGAGUGACUUCCCUGUAAACUCGCUGGUGCUGAUUGGUGUCGGCUCCAGCUUUGCCUUCUCUAGUCUUUUCUACCAUUUAUACCAAGAAAAGAAAAAAGAGUUGAAAAAGCUGAAGGAAAUACCCCUUUUCAAGCCAGACCAACAUUUGGUCAGAGUACUGAGAGCGUCUCCUCACAAGCGACUUCAAUAUGUUGCUGUUGAAGGUAUGGUGCAGGCAGAUGGGGAGCCUCUGGCCAGCCAGUUUGUCCCACGAUGCUUUGGUGUGAUCCAGAAGAUAGCAGUGGAGGAGCACUGGAAGUACUGGAACUCCCUCACCAAGACAUGGAAUUCUCGGACAACGAACAGAAAAGAAACCAACAACUCAGUGCCUUUCAGUCUGGUCAGCCCUGGAGCCUACAUCACCAACUUGUACGUGAAGAUUCAGAGCCCUCUGGAGGCCUCUGGGUUCUACCUGGACAGGGUUUAUUUCAAAGUGAGACGUGCCGAGGAGGGCUUGGUGAACGUGGUGAUGCAGGGCCUCAGCGGGGAGAAACCGGUGGCGAUGGAAGAGAGCGAGGAGCUGCUGCGGUUGGGGACCACCCUGACUGGUUUUGGUGAGGUGGUGCUGGAGGGGGGUCAGGUGAUGAGGCUGCAGGCCCCGCAGGACGGCCGCAAGUUCAUCCUGGUGCCCACUGACUACAGGAGCUUCAUGGACCGGCACGAGAGAUCAGCAAGCAUGUGGAAGACGCUGACCGCUGUUACCGGCAUCACGGGGGCUUCUCUUCUAGCCGGAGUUAUUUACGGCUUGGUGGGAAAAAGGGAAGACAGGUCGAAGUAGGCUUGUAGACGUUGAUACUGCAGGUUAAAAAAGCUGUAUGACAGGUUUAUGGGUGUCCCAAUACUGCUUCAGGUGUUUUAUCUUCCAUAGCACCAUCCUGAUGUCAUGUCAGUAGGUGCAUCAAAGCCUUAACUACGGUGGCCGUGAGGGGCAAAACACAACAAUUUUGGACAAAACUAACUGUGCUUUCCAAUACCCACACAACCAUACUAUUUGGUAGGGCAGAAAAAGAUUAAGUAUGUCCCAAUACAUAGUAUGUCAAGUGCUGUGUGCCAAAAAAAAACAGGAUGUUGCACCACAUCUGGUCGCAUUUUGCAGUAUGCAACCCAGCAUGCUUUUCUGGCUAUUCUGACCCACAAUCCUCAAAGUGUUCAAAGCGCAAUGUUAUGAGGAAGUAGUAUGUCCCAGUUGUAUUCAUACCAAAGAACGUAUAUGACCAAGAAGUGAAAGUCAAUUGUUCAUUUCCAGCAGCAGAGCUACGCUUCCGCCGUUUUUGGACUAUCGGACGCCAGUAAAACAUCUGCCUAAAAAGUGCCGUACAAACAUAAAACUAAAUUAUUUCUAUCCUAUUGUCAUAUUCUACCGAAAUGGCCUGUGUUGAACAAUACAAUAUUAAAAAUAUAAUAAGUGUUUUCAGUCCAAAAUGUCAGGAGUUGUCAAAAAAAAAAUAAUGACCAGAGUUUUGCUUCUGUACUCUUUGUGCAUACUGCAUGCAACAUUGCAUACUUUUUUUAAGGGCAGCUGCAGUAUGUACUAAAAUUAAAAAGAAAAAGUAUGCGAUUUGGAACAUAGCCGUAUUAGAAACAUACAUUACUAAAAUUACAUUUUAGAAAACAUUUACAAAUUAGAAAACACAUCAAAACUGGAAACAAAUUAACAGCAACAACAAUUUUUGUUCGCAAUUAGACAGAGCCCAAGUUAAUUCUGUAUUUUCUAAGUUUCUUAAGUGUUAUUAUGUUGAAUUUUUUUGUUUUUUUAUUUUUAUUUGUGUUUUAUCUAAUGUUGUUCUGUUUUGCCCCUCGUAGCCACCGUACUUAAUGGACCACUGAAAAGAUUUGUAACCGUGUUAGUAUCUUGUAGAAGCUCUCUACUAUAUAAACCCAAAUCCUACACUUGAUGAUGCGAGCACAGGCGGAGUACGGCAGUUUAGUCUGAUGAAAACAAUAAUUAGAGGGUCUGUAGGCCUAAAAGAGUCCACUUUAUAGGAGGGUGAAUGGGGCCUUGCCACGAGAUGAAUCUUGUAGGGCUAAUGGCAUGUCAAGCUAUGAAAAGUACAAAUUAGCUUGAAACCCAAUGUGGCCUCUAAGCUGUCGCUAAUUUCUUCUGCAGUCACUGGACCAUAAUUAUCAAAAGAAGUAUUAUGUGAUAAGUGAUUAAAAAGAAAGCCUGAGCACACAGGAUAUUCAACUUUAUUAGAUUUAUUAACUUUAGAAAGGUUCCUUUGUCAAGGGAACAUUUUAUUUUUGUAAUGAAAUUGUAUUUUUUCUUUUUACAUAAUUUAAGAGAAAAUCAGUUUAAGGGGUUAUGUGGUGUCAUUUCUUUUCACAAUCUUUUACUUUACAUUUUGAUUGCAACAUUUUAACUGUGAACCUGAUCAAAGAAAUUACAAAUAUUUCAUCACUGUCAGUCCAAGAUUCCGUUCAUCUUAAUGUCCAGACAGGGUGGAAUUAAAAUCCAACUUUAAGGUGAUUUGGGCUGAAUCUAUUUAGCAGAUAUCAUCUUCUACCUCUUAGAUCAUCAUGUUUUUACUGUAUUGUUUUAUGACAGUCACUGUGGACAAUAAAGGACGCUAAAUACUGUUGUACACAA